GUAAAGUUGGGUAUACUUCCCCCACAAUCCGAGAGCUUAACCACCUCUCGAGACGACAAGCACAAACCUUACAGACUCAUUUUCCCGAUCAAUUUCGUUACCGCCCCGCUCAUCGGCGCGAUAUUCUUACUUGCGAUACAAGUUAUAGGCCGAGCUGAAGUUUGUCAAGGUAUCCUUGGUGCUAACCACAUAGAGCCUUUGAAUAUCCUAGGAUUUUUUAUUACCCUCGUCGGUCUCCCUGAUACACGUCCAAUAUGUUGAAUGCUGACACCUACAUUCGUUUAAACGCAUACCUGGCUAUUUCGCUAGACGCCACGGGUCUCAUCCGUUUCUCAGCGUUCUGGGUCCUCAAGAAAGGCGGCGAGGUCGGACAUCGACUCUAUUUCUUUCUAUACACGUUCUUCUUCUUCUUGGGAUCAUUCAUAGGCAAUGAUCCUAUUAUUCUCUCGGGAACUGCGUUCCUUGCAUACCUCACCCGUGUAGCGGCGAACAUCAAGCAUCCUCGAGCCUGGAUCUAUUCGCAGUUCGCGAUUGCAAAUAUAUCGUCAGCGAUACUCGUGUCUUCGAACCCCACAAACCUUGUUCUGGCAGGCGCUUUCAACAUUCGCUUCCUGACAUACACGGCAAACAUGAUAGUCCCAGUAGUCGUCACUGUUAUCGUCCUUUUCCCAUUUUUGUUAUACAUCAUCUUCCCCUCGACGGAUCUUAUACCCCUCAGGAUCGAAAUGCACACAUUACCCGAGGACGAGCCUCUAGACGCCGAUGUGCACGGCCCCUCACUCCCGCGUCCAGUUACCUCCACUGAUAGACGACCAGGCCUUGGGGUUCAGCAGCCCGCUCCCAAGCCCAAAAUGGAGCUUGAUGCUGAAGCCGAAGAACGCCUCGCCCUACCUCUGAAGGAUAUCAUCAAUCCAUUCUUGGACAAGCCUGGUGCUCUCUUUGGCGGUAUGCUCAUCACGGUCACUCUUGUCACGAUUUUGGCUACCAAUGCUGCUGGACUGGAGGUCAAGGUUGCCGAGAUCACGACCCCUGCAGCGUUCGUCAUGCUCUGCCGUGAUGUCGUUUACGACUGGAGACAUAGAAACGACCAAGAUCGUUUGGACGCAAGGAUGAAGGGCGAAGACGAGAUGUCUUCUGACGCUCGAAAUGCGGAGGAGACGAACAAAGAGUCGAUUACGAUGGAUACACUAGGGGACAGAAGCGAUCACCAACGAUCUGUGUCUGGACGAAAAAUCGCAGCGAGACAGGUAAAAACCCACGAAACCGAGGCGGAGAGGAAUAACAUGGACGAUGAUGCAGAGAAAGCUUGUCCGGCAUCACGAUCUGCUACGCCGGAUCCCCUCUCCCUUCCACCGGACGUCCACCAUCGUCAUCCCUCCAUGUCAAAAAGCGUAGCAUCUGGACAGAGCAAUGCCCUGUCCCUAUACUCUGACGGAGAGAACGACCCUUAUGUGCCGCCGACGAGCGAGAUGCCAUCCCUCAAAACUCUUCCUACCGACCCGAAUACACUGCCCCCAGGUUCUUCAAGCUCAGGACAUAUCACUCCUCAGCCAGAUCAACUCCUGCGGGCAUCGUUGUCGAAGAUACAGCCGGGACCGACCAUCACGAAAGCGUCGAUUCCACCGUCGAAAGAGGCCACCUCCGCACCUGCACCUCCAGCAAUGAGUCGAGCCCGGAAGGUAUACUUUCCAAAGCCAUACGUCCUCUGGAAUAGGACUACACGUUACGCACAAAACAUGUUUCCCACUGUCUGCGCCGUCCUUACCCACCUUCCAUUUGCGCUCCUACCCUUCGCCUUCAGUAUGUUCAUCCUUGUUCAAGGGCUCGUCACUAAAGGCUGGGUGGCGCUUCUUGCUAAGGGUUGGGCUGCGUGGAUCGCCAGAACUGGAGUAGUUGGGGCGAUAGGAGGCAUGGGGUUCGUCUCAGUCUGCAUGUGUAACUUCUCGGGAACGAAUAUCGGUGCAAGUAUUCUCCUGUCCCGCGUUCUUCAAAACUGGUUCGAAAAUUAUCCCGACACCAUCUCAGACCGCAUGCGGGAGGCCGCUAUAUACGCACUUGCCCUCGGCGUGAACUACGGUGCUUUCAGCGCCACUUUCAACGCCUCGCUCGCCGGUCUCUUGUGGCGCGACAUCCUCCGACGAAAAUACAUACGCCUGCACAGGCUCGAUUUCGCUCGGAUUAAUUUGCCGAUCAUAGCUAUCGCGAUGUCUGUGGGCUGUGGUAUUUUGACCGCGCAGGUGUAUAUCGUAAAGAGUAGUCAGCUCCCGGGUCCAAGCUCGUGA